AUUUCCUCCGAGGCAAGCGAGAAGCAUAGCUCCCACCUUCUUAGAGCUCGCUGCCGCCGCCGCGCCCCGAGCCCUCCGGAGACCGGGACGGGACCACGAUGUGGAAACGCUGGCUUGCGCUCGCGCUGGUGGCCGUCGCCUGGGUCCACGCCGAGGAAGAGCUAAGGAGCAAAUCCAAGAUCUGUGCCAAUGUGUUUUGUGGAGCUGGCCGGGAGUGUGCUGUCACCGAGAAGGGAGAGCCCACCUGCCUCUGCAUUGAGCAAUGCAAACCUCACAAGAGGCCUGUGUGUGGCAGUAACGGCAAGACCUACCUCAACCACUGUGAGCUGCAUCGAGACGCCUGCCUCACUGGAUCCAAAAUCCAGGUCAAUUACGACGGACACUGCAAAGAGAAGAAACACAUAAGUCCAUCUGCCAGCCCAGUUGUUUGCUAUCAGUCUAACCGCGAUGAGCUCCGGCGGCGCAUCAUCCAGUGGCUGGAAGCCGAGAUCAUCCCAGACGGCUGGUUCUCUAAAGGCAGCAACUACAGUGAAAUCCUAGACAAGUACUUUAAGAGCUUUGAUAAUGGUGAUUCUCACUUGGACUCCAGCGAAUUCCUGAAAUUUGUGGAGCAGAAUGAAACCGCCAUCAACAUUACCACGUAUGCAGACCAAGAGAACAACAAGCUGCUUAGAGGACUCUGUAUUGAUGCUCUCAUCGAACUAUCUGAUGAAAAUGCCGACUGGAAACUCAGCUUCCAAGAGUUCCUUAAGUGCCUCAACCCGUCUUUCAACCCUCCAGAGAAGAAGUGUGCCCUGGAGGAUGAGACAUAUGCAGAUGGAGCUGAGACCGAGGUGGACUGUAACCGCUGUGUCUGUGCCUGUGGAAACUGGGUCUGCACGGCCAUGACCUGUGACGGAAAGAAUCAGAGGGGGUCCCAGACCCACACAGAGGAAGGGAUGACCAGAUACGUCCAGGAGCUCCAGAAGCACCAGGAAACAGCUGAAAAAACCAAGAGAGUAAGCACCAAAGAGAUCUAACGAGGAGGAACCUGGGAAUGGUGUCUGGAGCCGGCACCUUCCCUUCCACUUCAGUGCUGAGUCCAGUAUACGCAAGUGUCCGCUACAAUCGCCAAAUCACCAGUAUUUGCUUGUAUAGCAGUGAGUUUUAUUUUGUUUAUUUGUUUUGCAAUAAAGGAAAUGGGGUGGCUGGCUAAGAGGGGAAGGGCCAUAGACUUCAUCUCUCAGAGCACUUUGAGAGAAACUGUAAACGGUGCUCGGGGGCUGCAGGCAGUGAGGAAACUGCAUCAGGGUUGAGAGAGGAGUGGACGCAGAUCGAAGCCCCUUCUGAGUCCACCGCAGCUCUAAACAUGCUGCAGGGAGGGCAGGCCAUGCCAAAGAGAUCUCACCUGGCUGUCCCCGGAGGCGGGGUUUGAGAAGCUCAAUGGAGAACACAUUCUGCUUCUGGCUACUUCCCAUUGCCGUCAGCGUGACAGAACGCCAAC